AUGGACGAUGAUGUUCUUGUGGCGCUGAGUGACGUGGAGAUCGAGCCGCUCUCGCAUCCCAGCAUCCUCCGCUGGAAGAACAAGAUCUUGUCCUAUUCUCCAUCACAGAGACAGAGCUGGCCGUCCCCCUCACAGAUGGACAGAGACGUGUCCUUCAGACUGAACUGGUUAACCGUCUCGCCCAAGUUCAGAAGCACUGCUCAAUUUAGCCCUCAGCGGUUCACGUUCAGCCCUCCGAGCAAACCCUACAGUCGACUUUAAGCAGAGCUUCCGCUCAGAAACCCAGAAGAUCACUCUCUACAGCUGCUUUCAUAUUACAAGUCAAACUGUUUUAGUCAAUUUUUUAUUUUUGCACAGCAAUUGUGUUGCUUUUAAUAAUUGCACUAAUUUUCCAGCAUGAUACUGUUUGUGAAUGCAGGAAAAAAAGAAGAAGAUGCAUCUGAAGUUUGAAAUAUAUAUAAUGUAUAAUUAUAAUGUGACGUAUGUUUCCUUGUUACAUAAAGAUUUGUUAAGAAAACA